AGAUUUAUAAAAAUUAUUUCAAGAAAAUGGGAACAGUCUCGCGUGCAGAAUAUUUAAAGAAAUAUACAACAGAUUCAUCAGAAAACCCAAAAACUAAAAAAUCAACAAAUUUAUUGGAGUGUCAGGUUUCUCGAAACUUCUCAAUCAUACGAACAAGGCCGGGAUGCAGAAACUCGCAAGCGAGUGACAGGUUUUAAUAGAGGAAGAAAAGGUAAACGAGAAGAAGAAAAUUCUGAAGA